AUGUCGCUCCUGUUCGACGUCUUCGACCUGAACAAGGAGAGGGAGGUCGCUUUCGACGAGUGCUUCAUCAUGCUGCGGCGUGCGAUGGCCGGCCUCCGUAAGAUGGUCGGCAUCCUCACGCCGCCCGAGAAGGUCAUCCACAACAUGGUCAAGCAGGUCUGGAAGAGCUCCAAGAAACACCGCGACAACCGGAUCGUGCCCGAGGACUGGGGCACCGGAGAUGCUGGUUGGGAUGAGGCCCUGUAG